AUGCGUAUUAAAGCUGUCAUAAAGCUGGGAUCUUCGUAGCAGAUUAAUUAUUAGGCCGAGCAAAUGGCUGGAUUGAACUACUCAUUCUCAACUGCUUGGUGAAAUCGGGCGAGCUUAUUUUAUUGCCCGGAAGAGGCCUUAUAUUCUUAACACCUUGCUGCAAUACCCACCACCCAUUCAAUCUGUAAAUUCUUUCAGCUUCAAUGGGGGAAGAGAGAAGAAGAUCAAAGUUCUGAUCUUGAGAUAUUACAAGUUCUCUGCAUUUGUUUCAGAGAGUUUGUUUCUGUUGUUGUGUGAUUAGAGCUCAAAAGAAAGAAUGAUCAGUGCCAAGGACCUGUACAGUGUGCUCACUGCAGUGGUGCCACUGUACGUGGCGAUGAUUUUGGCAUACGGGUCUGUGAAAUGGUGGAAGAUUUUCACGCCAGACCAGUGCUCGGGUAUAAACAGAUUCGUGGCAAUAUUUGCAGUGCCACUCCUGUCAUUCCACUUCAUUUCCACCAAUGACCCAUAUACAAUGAACUUGAAGUUCAUUGCUGCAGACACGCUGCAGAAGCUCAUAAUGCUGUUCGUGCUGGGCAUGUGGACAACCUUCACGAGGAGCGGCAGCCUGGAGUGGAUGAUCACCAUUUUUUCACUCUCCACCCUACCAAAUACUCUGGUCAUGGGAAUCCCACUCCUCAAGGCCAUGUACGGGGACUUCUCCGGGAGCCUAAUGGUUCAGGUCGUCGUUCUCCAGUGCAUCAUCUGGUAUACUCUACUGCUCUUCCUCUUCGAGUACCGUGCGGCCAAAAUGCUCAUAAUGGAGCAGUUCCCACACACUGCUGCCUCCAUUGUGUCCUUUAAGGUCGACUCCGAUGUCGUUUCCCUCGAUGGCCGGGAGUUUCUGCAGACAGAUGCAGAGAUUGGAGAAGAUGGAAAGAUUCAUGUCACGCUGCGGAAAUCCACUUCUUCGCGCUCUGUGAUUUCAAGCAGGAGGUCACAGGGGCUUGGCUCUCUGCCCUCGCUCACCCCACGGCCCUCAAAUCUCACAGGCGCAGAGAUUUAUUCACUAAACCCUACUCCCCGGGGUUCCAACUUCAAUCACACUGAUUUCUAUACAAUGAUGGCUGGUAGCCGAGGAAUGGGAAGCCCUCGGCAGUCUAAUUUUGGGCCUUCCGAUGCCUAUUCAUUGCAGUCCUCCCGGGGACCUACGCCCCGCCCUUCAAAUUUCGAAGAAGAGAGGGAUUUCCGACCUAGCAAUGCGGCGGGGGCAGGGGCAGGUGCAGGGGCGGCCGCCAUGAAUUCUCCAAGGUUUGGCCCGCCGCCUUCUCUGUACCCUUAUUCCCACAGGUCCUUACACGAAGGAUCUUACCCUAAUGCCUCUGCUGCACCCAACACCACUGCUGCAGGAUCUUACCCUGCGCCUAAUCCUGACCUAACAAUGUCUGGCAGAGGCGGGUCUACUGUUGGUAAGAAGGUAGGGUUAGGGGCCCCACAGGCUGUAAAUGUAAGGUCACCGCAGCAGGUGAAGGGCAGUCAUGACGCCAAGGAGCUGCAUAUGUUCGUAUGGAGCUCCAGUGCCUCCCCUGUUUCUGUCUCUGAGGGAGGACUCCAUGUUUUUGGUGGCCCUGAUUUCUCUGACCCUGCUUCUGCUGCAAGAAAUGACCAGAACGCUAAGGAGAUUCGAAUGCUUGUCGCUGACCAUUCCACCACUAAUGGUGGUGGACCCAAAGAGCCACAACAGGCGUAUGAAGAUUAUGCCCGCGAAGAUUUCAGCUUUGGCAACCGAGGAGAAGAAACAUCCACUGCGUUGGAAAAGGAUGGGCCGAGCCUCUCAAAAUUUGGGUCCAGCUCCACUGCAGAGCUCCAUCCAAAAAGCCAUGACGAAAAGCCCAAGCAAAUGCCCCCAGCAAGCGUAAUGACUAGGCUUAUUCUUAUCAUGGUGUGGAGGAAACUCAUUCGCAAUCCCAACACUUAUUCCAGUCUCGUAGGCCUCAUCUGGGCACUAGUCUCAUUCAGGUGGCAUAUUGCAAUGCCAAAGAUUGUUAAAGGAUCAAUAGCAAUCCUGUCGGAUGCAGGUUUGGGCAUGGCAAUGUUCAGUUUAGGUUUGUUCAUGGCUUUGCAACCGAGGAUCAUAGCCUGUGGGAAUUCUGUUGCAGCGUUUGCAAUGGCUGUUAGAUUUCUUACAGGCCCCGCUGUGAUGGCAGCAGCGUCUAUAGCUAUUGGCUUGAGGGGAGUCUUACUCCACGUGGCCAUUGUACAGGCGGCCCUUCCUCAAGGCAUUGUUCCCUUUGUCUUUGCAAAAGAAUACAAUAUCCAUCCUGAUAUAUUGAGUACUGGAGUUAUUUUUGGCAUGUUGAUAGCAUUGCCAAUUACAUUGGUGUACUAUAUUGUGUUGGGCCUGUGAAGGCUUUGAAGAUAGAAGAGGCAGUUGGUGUAUAUCAGUGCUCUCCUAAAAUUUUCUUAAACCUUGAAAGGCAGCAAUGACAGUGAAUCAGGCUGUGUUAGUACCUGGAUGCAUUGAAUCAGAAGCUGCUAUCAGAGUUUUGGACUGUGGACUGCAUUUCCUGAGCAAAAUGAUCAGAAAUGGACAAGUUUGGCUUCUUCAGUCUCUGAUUGUAGAAAAUGAAAACCAUGGCAGAAAUAUGCAGCUGUGUAUUUGUAGGCAUUGUGACUGUUACAGUCAUGGAUUGCAGUAUCAUAUCCUAUACGCCAAAAUCUUCAAAGUUAGAUUGUUGUCAUAAUUUUUCAACUUUUUAAAUAUACUGACAUUUUCAAUGGCCAAACCUUCUUCACUUUUGCCGGUUUGGUGGGUUGAUAACGAAAUUGUGGCCUCCUGAUUGGAUGUACAAAAUUGUAUUUUCCUUGCUUGGAUUGGCCAAAUUAAAUAUAAUCAUCUUCAUUUUU